CAUGACGAACUUGGCUAGGGUUCCGGUUGCGAAUAGUCUUAUUCAAUUACCUGCUGCAAUGGUGCAACUGUACUGCCGGACGUGUCUACAACAAACGAACCACAGUAAUGUGGUUUCGGUGUUCAGCUCGCACCAAGGGUUCGUCGUCCGUGAUGCCCUUCACGAGUUGUUCGAUAUGCACAUCUCCCUAACGGAAAUGCUGACCACCGUCUGUAAAGACUGCUUGUCGAAAAUAUGCACUGCAAAAGAAAUACGUGUUUGGUUCGCCCAGCAGAACCAGAAGUAUCACCGUAUGCUGAGGACUUAUGAGAGUGCGAAUCUUGACAACGUAGGAGAUGAAUGUUCCCAAGCUCUACAUAUACUGCAAACUCGCAUGUUGCCAGAGGUUCAGAGUACAACAAAUGAAGAACCGCCGACUGAAGCCGAUGGCGCAGUGCAACCACUCACCGUUGCGCCCUCUCCUACCGGAAGUGACUCGAUGCAUUACAGCAUCGGAAAUGUCGAAAGUUCUGACGAUUCCAACUUUGACGUGUUGAUAGGCAAUGAUUCCCCGAACAGUGAAGAGUACGAAUUCUUCGAAGUGGUGACGAAUAAUAAACCGAACCACGAUGACUCGUACGAGCUAGUUCAAUGCACGUCACAAGAUUCCGACCUUACGGUCAAAAGGGAUCAUUCUGAAUUUGAAGAACACGGGGUAGAAUCUGUCGACUUACAAGAAAGGUAUGAAAUGAGUGUAGAUAGUUUGGCGGAAGAACCGGACCCUAUGGGUGAAGAAGAGAUCGCGGUGAAAACGAAACGGCCCCCGAAGCGAAAGCGCAAGAGCCGUACGUUGUUACCGGAAGAGGAUGAGCUGAAGUGUUCCCAGUGCGACAAGCAGUUUACAUUGGAAGGCCAGCUAAUCGCCCACGGUGUGUCGGAGCAUGGUGAGGGAUUUACGCUGUACCAAUGCGAAACGUGCGAUUGUUCAUUCGCCACCGAACGGUCGCUCCAGUCGCACUGCGAUCGGUUCCACGGCAAGAUAUGGAAGUGUCGUUACUGCGCAAAGUUACUACACAACGCGAAUGCCCUGCAGGGUCACGAAAACACGCAUACGAACGAGAAAAGCUUCGUUUGCUCGAUUUGCAGUCAACGGUUCACGCAAUACACCAGCAUGCGCCGGCACAGACAGAUGCACAACGACGAAAAACGGCACGAGUGUGAUAUCUGCCACUUGCGGUUCCGGCAGCGGGGCGUCAUGCUGGCCCAUCGGCGCAUCCACACAGGCGAGAAACCGUACGACUGUACCAUGUGCGAAAAAUCGUUUCGAGACCACAGCACGUUUGCCAAGCAUAGGCGGACGCAUAGCAGACUGUCGCCGAAGCGCACAAACGUAACGGGAGUGAUUUAA